GCAGCAGAAUAAUCGGCCGGAUCGCGGAGCAGGGCGUGUUCUUCGCCGUUUCAGUGAAAGUAAUCGCGAACUGGACAUUGCGUAUAAAAACGCCGGCCGGCCGGUCCGAUAGCACAUUCGAUCCGAAACUACCACGAGACAAGGCCAAUCAUGAGGAGCUUCGCGAUUGUUCUGCUGGCGACAGCCGUACUGGCGGCUCCCAAAGAGGAUAAGUCCAAUCCGAAGGACAAGCGGAGCCUGCUGCUGGGUGACGCCGGUCUCUCUAGCUACACGAAUGGCAUAGGUCUGUCGGGAUACGCCGCAGGAUACGGGACCGGCCUCGGCACCAAGCUGGGUCUCACCUACGGCUCCUAUGGUAGCGGACUCGGCCACACGUAUACCUCCGGAUUGGGCUAUGGCAGCGGAAGCGGCUAUGGCAUCGGAAAUGGCUAUAGCAUCGGAAGCGGCUACGGCAUCGGAAACGGCUACGGCAUCGGAAGCGGCUAUGGCAUCGGAAGCGGCUACGGCAUCGGAAGCGGCUACGGCAUCGGAAGCGGCUACGGCAUCGGAAGCGGCUACGCUAUCGGAGGCUCCGGAAUUGUCACCGGCCAUAGUCUGCACAGCGGCAGCCUGGCGCACGCCAAGACCGAACGCAUCACCGGCGUCACCGUUCACCGCGAGGUCCAAGUGCCGGUCCCGGUGCCGCAGCCCGUCCCAGUUCAAGUGACCAAGCACGUGCCCGUCCCACAGCCCGUGCCCGUCAAAGUUGAUCGUCCCUACGCCGUGCCGGUGCCACAGCCGGUGCCCGUUCCCGUCACCCGCCAUGUACCCGUAAAGGUCGACCGUCCUUACCCCGUGCCGGUACCGCAACCCGUUGAGAUCCGCGUACCGCAACCUGUACCAUUCCCAGUGCCACAGCCUGUCGCCGUCCCGGUGUCCGUGACGAAGCAUGUGCCGAUCUCCGUGCCAUCAGUCGCCGUAUCGUCCGUGCCGUCGGUCGCCGUGUCUUCCGUGCCAGCCAUCGGCAGCAUCUCAUCUGGUCAUGAAUACGUCGAUCUCGGAUCCAGCGGCGUCAGUAGCGGUAUCGUCUCUGACUUCAGCGACGGCGUACAUCACGUAGGUUCCAGCUUCGGAUCGGCUGGUCUAGUGUCCGGCGUGGAGCAUGUGGGAUCUACUUUGGGUUCAACCGGCCUGCUGUCCGGCGUGGAACACGUAGGAUCUACUUUAGGCUCCACCGGCCUCGUGUCCAGCGUGGGUUAUGGAUCCACCGGUCUGCUGUCUCACGGCGCGUCCAUCGACAGCGGAUACGUAUACCCAACACCGACGAUCAAGAAAUGGUGAACAUCUUCCGACAAUUCGAUCGGACGCUUCGCUAAUGGGCGCUUCUCGAAUGUGUUUCGCGGGUUGAACGUACACAAUAUGAGUCGUGUCGUAUACGCUACCAAAUAAAUUUAUAUUUUUUUACCGUACACAGCUCCCCACGCAGUCAUCAUUUCGUUGCGCCCGUCGACAAUCUGGUUCAUUUUCGUAUAAUUGCGAAUUAGCGAUAUGUUGCGAUUUAAAGUCUCAAACCUCCUCAUUUGAGCAAUUGUUGAUUCGUUACGAUUUUUCCAUCGCGUGACAUUACCUCGUGCUUUCGUAUCGAGUAAUAUUCCAUAAAACUUUUUGACAAAGUUGCAUCGAAAGUCAACGAUAUGUACAUUGCAUUGUAGCAAGCGAAACCCCGAGUCGGCUCUUAUCGAUAAAGAAUAUAUACCUCAGCCCCGUAACUUAGGUAGAUAUUUUGUGUAACAUUAGAGAAAAGAAUAAAAAAAGAAAAAUGUUAAGUGAGAA